AUGGUGCUCGUGCUUUGCAUCGGGGACAUGCACAUCCCCCACCGGGUAGCGGACCUGCCCCCAAAGUUCAGAUCCCUGCUCGUCCCUGGGAAGAUCCAGCACGUGCUCUGCACCGGGGACGUGUGCGUCAAGGAGACGCACGAUUAUCUCAGGAGCCUCUGCGCGGACGUUCACGCGGUGCGGGGCAACUACGACGACGCGGGACCCGACGGCUUCGCCAGGCAGUGGCCCGACAGCAAGGUCGUGACGAUCGGGGACUUCAAGUUUGGGCUCGUCCACGGCCACCAGGUGGUGCCCCACGGCGACGUGAACGCGCUCGCGGCGGCGCAGCGCGCGAUGAACGUCGACGUGCUGGUCGCCGGGCAAGCCAAGCGGUGGGGCGCGCACAAGGUCGAGGACCGGUUGAUCGUCAACCCCGGCAGCGCCACGGGGGCGUUUCGCGACGAGGAUCCCGAAGCGCAUCCUUCGUUCGUGCUCGUCGACGUGGACGGACCGAGGGCGACGUGCUACGUGUACGAGCUGCGCGGGGAGGAGGUCAAGGUGGACAAGGUGGAGUAUUCCAAGGCGUAG